AUGUCAGAGGAGAAGGGCACCAUCAAGGUCAACAUUUUCCUAAUGGAAAAGGAUUGUCACAGCUGUAUGCCAAAGAAAAGACAAGAUCCAAUAUUCACAUACAGCAUUAAAAUAUACACAUUUUAAACACACCCUAAAGCAACCACAUGAAGUUCUCCAAAAUCCAACAGAAUAUUUUCCAAGUUGAAACAGAAGAUAGACAUGCAUAAAAAUGUGCUUCAUAAACUUGUCAGUCAUAUAAGUGAAGACAAAGCUGUAAACCUCAACAUGCUCUCCAGGCAAUCUCACAUAAACCUGUAACCGUUCAGUGUGAAAUAUGAAUUUCAUAGUAAGCAAAGUCACCUCACAUCAAAGAAGUGUCCUUGAUGUGUUACAGCUGUGGUGUUUGGCUGUUUUCUUAGUCCAAAGACGUUAUAGUGAACUUGGUUAUAAAACAUCCAUGAACAUAAACUGCUUAGACUCCAGCCUGUCUGCCAGCCUGAAAAACAAAAUACAGGUUCGUUGUGUAGGUUGAACCUUAGAUGAUGGUGUGUAUAUCUACACAAAACUAAGACACACCUCUAAAUUGUGAUAUUUCACACAAAACUGAGAUAGUGCUUGAAUCAGUUCUUGCCCUGAUUUAAAAAAAAAUGGCAGAUAUUCUGAGACCUUCUUAUUGGCCUAUAUGCCUGCAUGCUUCUCUCCAUUAUUUGAGCAAACGAGAGUCAAGGGGCAUAAAGUUUUCAUUUUACUUACACAAAUAUUCACAUUCUUGAAUGCAAGGGGUUAAAACUUACAGUUUAAAGAUAACUUUUUGAUCCAGUGGCAUUGGUGUGUAUAUUUUCAAUAAAAUGUCUCAAUAACUACUGGGUUGAUUGCCAUUAAAGUUUUGAGAAAAUACAAUUUAUUUGGUGGUUUGCGCCUCUUUUUUUGUACUGUAUUUAGAGCAGUCUGUUUUAUUAUUAUUAUUAUUAUUAGUAGUAGUAGUAGUAGUAGUAUUAUUGUUGUUGUUGUUGUUGUUGUAUUUUAUUUUUUAUUAUUUUUAUUAAUUAAUUAAUUAAUAUAUUUAUUUAUUUUUAUUUUUUCAAAAUACACUAAGAACAAUGUCAGCCUCAGUUAUAUUCAGAGGCCUUCAGCACAUCCAGCUGAGACGUUAAUAUUAGCAGACAGGACAGACUUAUUGAGCUCACGCGCAGGGCUUUGGCCGUAAAUCCCAAUGACCGUCCAAUAAUUUUUCACUGAGUGGUGGGCGGAGCCAUAAAUUCAGCUCUUAGAGACGCUUGAAAAGACAAUGUCGCACUAUGUCUACAUAACAUAACCUACACAUGUCUUUCUAACAGCCAACUAUAGAGUCUCCUACAACAUAAGGAGGGACACGACGUCGUUGUAAGGGAGGGACACAUUUCGUUAAUAGACGAUAUUUGUUGUUGGGCAAGUAUAAAUCCUAAUCGGCAGGUUAUUUAUUCCUCUUUUAAUUUCUUAUCAUUUGAUGGAUAUUCAACUGUUGGUGUAGUUUCCUGUUUAACACUGGACUAUUUUCUCUCUUUUUCUCUUUUGUUUCUUUCUUCAAGGCUGAGCAAUGUCUGAUGAGUAAGUUCUGUCAUCAUCAUUUAUCUGGACUGUGAAGGAGCUUUUUUUGUCUCAGAAUAAUCACAUUAUCUUUUACUGGUUUAUGUAUUUUCAAUUUCUUUGGUCCAACAACCUCAACAUGCCAUCUCAGUGAUGUAAGUCACUGCCUAUAUGUCUUUAAACUUUAUCUGAACCAAAUAAAACAUGUAAAAUCAAUUCAAGUUUAGUGUGAAAUGUAUUUAAAAUGCAUUGUCUUCAUUUAUCUCUACCUAGUACACACCACCACCCUCGGGCAACAAGAUAGUACCAAAGGUAAGUAAAGGUACACUUGUUUAAAUUGAAAAUGUGAAAUAAAACCUUUAUUAUGGCAGCUUGUGCUUGCAUAGGAAUGAAAGCAGCUGUUUACCAAGGUCAACAGCUAUCCUGAGGGAGAAUAAUUCAUAUUAACAUCUUUCUGCUUUAUUUUUUUAAAUUAGAAUUUGAUGAAUAUGCUGAUUCUUUGGUUUUGUAGCACCUAGAGUUCCCGAUGUUUGUUGGAAUGUGUUGUUCAGCAUCAGAGUGGGGAUGUGGGCAUCGCAGUAUCUGUUUGUUAAUGAUGAAAUGGAAAGAUAAAAUGAGAACAUAUGGGGGCUGUGACCAAGUAAGCAGGUUUUUUCACUAAUGUGAAGAUGGGUGGUGUGAUUCCAGGCUCUGCAUAUCUUUGUUUCCUUAGGCAAACUGGGCACAGCUGGGCAAGAACUUUUACAUGUUUUAUAUUUUAGAUAAAACUAGCGAUUUAUCUAUCAACGUAUUAUGAUUUAUUAUCAUUAUUAUUUUUGCUUCAUGUUAAAAGAUGAAUAACGUGUAUUUUGUAUGAUUCCAGCCAAAAUGCAAGAUUUCAGCCUCACGCAAGCUUUCGUUGAAGGUAACUUGAUGAGAACAUUCUAAAUAUACACAUAUACACACUUAUGAACUUAAACGCACUUGGUUAACUUGUUAACUUUUUUUCCUGAAUACUGCUGAAUUGAUUUAAGGAUUAUUGAACCACUAACCCUGCACUGCUUUUCUCUUUGAUCUCUUGGACUUCAUCAGAUCCUCCUGCUGGCUCGUGCAACAGAAGAGCUAGAGGCAGAGAAGGUUGCAAGAGAGGAAGAGAAGGUUCGCUAUCUGGGGGAAAAACUUCCACCCCUGCAGCUCACCGGCUUAAAUGUGGAUGAAUUGCAGGUAGGAAGAAAAAUAAACUCAGACCAGAAAAGCAGGGAUGGCCAUGACCUUAUAACAAAACCAUAUGGCAUUCAUGAUGUUUUUUGUUUUCUAGAAUGUGUGUAAGCAGAUGCACUCACAGAUUGAUAUGGUGGAUGAGGAGCGUUACGACUGUGAAGCCAAAGUCAUCAAGAACUUCAGAGAUGUAUGCCGUGGCCCAGACAACUUUUUUUUUUUUAAAUGUGCAGAAAUGUACAAUGAAAAAUGGAGAGUUAUUCAUUAUCAAAAGUUACCAACUGAGUUUUCACUUCUCUAGAUCAAUGAGCUGAAUUUAAAAGUGAGGGACCUUGGUGGGAAGUUCAAGAAGCCAGCUCUGAGAAAAGUGAGAGUUUCUGCAGAUGAGAUGAUGAGAGCUCUCUUUAGCUGCAAAACCAAAGAAUCCAUGGAUCUGAGGGGAAACCUUAAAUCUGUGAAGAAAGAGGACAUCAAACAAGAGAAGGUACAGCUUUUGCAGAAGAAAUAUAUUUACAAAUAUUUAAAAAAAAAUGCAAACGCACAAACUUUAAUAUUUGUGUUUGUCUCAUCUUUAGGAGCUGAACAUGGAGGUUGGGGACUGGCGUAAGAACGUGGAGGCCAUGACUGAUAUGAAGGGCAGGAAGAAGAUGUUUGAUGCAUAA